AUGCAUUUCAACAUCCUCGCCACUGGGCUCGCCGCCCUCACAGCUGGAACGCAGUGUGUCACCGAGAACAUUACGCAGUAUUUCGUCAACCUGCCUGCCCCUACCGGGAACGUUCUCUCUGCCAUCGGCUCGUACGGCAAGGAAGUGGUCGAAGAAUGUAGAGCCACGGCGACCGGCCAUGACUACGUCUUAUGCACCGUCUCGGAUCCGAAAGAUUGGUGCGGCUUCACCACUGCCGCACGGCCGGAUAUCCUUUCCAGCUACUCGACCUACGUCUCCGAGGUGGUGUCAUAUGGGACUUCCAAGAGCUCUACCAUCUCCAUUCUUUCGACCAGCUGUCCCGUUACCUGGAUAUAUAUUUAUCCCCGUGAGCGCGAGUGGCUCAAGAUUGCCACGGCCCAUGCCAACCAGCGCUCCCAACAAUCCAAUCAAUCCAAUCCAAGCCUCAUAAUUGGAUUGAAUUGA